AAUCCCCUUAGUUUAGCAUUAUAUCUAUACUCUCAGUCCUUUCUUAUUCCAAUGGCUCUUGCUUCAAGAAAAAUGCCAUUACUUCGUACACCUACUUCUUCUUUCACUAUCACAUCUUCUGUGUUAUUCUUUCUGGUGGCGGUGGCGUUUCUUGGUGGUGCUGAUGGCGGUGCAUAUUUCGCUGGAUCAGAGUGUCUCAAAGUGACUCCUUCUGAAUUUGUUGUGUCAGUGAGAGAUGUGGUUGAUGUGAUGCAAGGGAUUAUGUCCAUUCUAGCUGAGUUCGACAAUGGCGGAUUCGGUGAUGAUUUUCGUGUCUCUAAUGCCGUUUCUGACUGUGUCGAUUUGCUUGACUUGUCCUCUGAUGAGCUUGAUUGGUCUGUUUCCGCCACUCAGAACCCCCAAGGGAAGCAUAACAGUACUGGGAACCUAAGCUCAGAUUUAAGAACAUGGCUAAGUGCAACACUGGCGAAUCCAGAAACAUGCAUGGACGGAUUCGAAGGCACUAAUAGCAUGGUUAAGGGUCUAGUUUCCACUGGCUUAGUCCAAAUGAUCUCACUGGUUCAGAACCUACUAACCCAAGUGGACCCGGUUCCGGAUCACUCCUUCUCCACAAAACAAGGGAAGUUCCCUGCAUGGGUGAAACCAAGGGAUAGGAAGAAGCUUCUGGAAGCGAACAACAACGGCGUGGGCGUGUUCGCCGACGCGGUGGUGGCCGCCGAUGGCACUGGGAAUUACACAAAGAUAAUGGAUGCUGUGAAAGAUGCACCUAAUUAUAGUAUGAGUCGGUAUGUGAUAUACAUAAAGAAGGGUGUUUAUAAUGAGAAUGUUGAGAUUAAGAAGAAGAAGUGGAAUCUUAUGAUUAUUGGAGAUGGGAUGAAUAACACCGUUAUUACCGGUAACCGCAGUUUUGUUGAUGGUUGGACCACUUUCCGGUCAGCCACUUUUGCUGUGAGUGGUAGAGGAUUCAUAGCAAGAGACGUCGCUUUCCAGAACACAGCAGGGCCGGCGAAGCACCAAGCAGUGGCGCUAAGAUCCGACUCGGACCUUAGCGUUUACUACCGAUGUGGUAUCUUUGGUUACCAAGACAGCCUCUACGCCCACACAAUGCGUCAAUUUUACAGAGAAUGCAAAAUCACUGGCACCGUUGACUUCAUCUUUGGCGAUGCGACUGCGAUUUUCCAGAACUGCCAAAUCCUCGCUAAAAAAGGCCUACCGGAUCAAAAGAACACCAUUACGGCGCACGGCCGGAAAGAACCGACCGAGCCAACCGGUUUCUCAAUACAAUUUUCCAAUAUAACAGCAGACUCCGACCUUGUGCCAUUGAUCAACACUACUCACACGUACCUUGGUAGACCAUGGAAGCCAUAUUCAAGGACAAUUGUGAUGCAAUCUUUCAUUAGUGAUGUGCUGAGGCCGGAAGGGUGGCUUGAGUGGAGUGGCAAUGUUUCUUUGGACACUUUGUAUUAUGCCGAGUACAUGAAUCAUGGGCCCGGAUCUGGGCUUUCUAACCGCGUGAAAUGGCCCGGGUACCAUGUCAUGAAUGAUUCUAGCCAGGCUAGUAACUUCACUGUCACACAAUUUAUUGAGGGAAAUCUUUGGUUACCUUCAACGGGUGUGGUGUUCACUGCUGGCUUAGGAGUUUAAUUACGUUUCCGUGUCUUCCCACUUCAAUAUAAAGAGAAAAACUACCUGCACAAGUGUUUUGUCUUGUUCUUUUGUUUUUU